GUAAUAGUGACAUUCAGCGGGAAAGGCUAGAAGCAAACAUCAGAGAGACCAGGCACAGGGCUGGUUCUUUAGUCCAUUUCUCUAUUAGUGUGUUUGGUUUUUUUACCACCAUCCAGGUUGCCACCUGGCAAAUCUCUACAGCACUUUUACAAUGCCGGACCAGGAAGAUGGGAGAAGGCAACUUGGACAACACCUGGAAGAAUGGCAAAGGCGUGAGGGAGAAUUUCUCUGCUGAGCUCCUAUUGCCAGAGGAUAUUUACCUGGCACCCUGACAAGAUCUAAGAGAGACCCUCCUCCUCCACCCUGCUUGUAUAUGGCAAAGUUUCUUGCAGAGCUCCUGGGCUGCACGUUGCCGGACAAGGGCGCCUCUCCCAUGUUUGAGUCCAGAAGUCAGUCCCGUAUCACCCUGAAGCAAAGCACCAAACAGAAGAUCACAACUUUCAGUACCUUGGCCAAUGAGAAGUCAUUAUCUGACCGCAAACAGGAAAGUAUGCCGCAAACGCCUCCCUUUACAGCUAUGUUUGACAGCAGCGGUUACAACAGAAACCUGUAUCAGUCAAAGGAGGACAGCUGUGGAGGACUCUAUUACCAUGACAGCACUCUCCUGUCAGGGUCUCUUGAAGCCCUCAUCCAGCACUUGGUACCCAAUGUAGAUUACUAUCCUGACAGAACAUAUAUAUUCACCUUCCUGCUCACUUCACGGCUGUUCAUGCACCCGUAUGAGCUGAUGGCCAAGGUUUGCCAUCUGUGCACAGAGCAUCAGAGACUCAAUGACCCUGGAACUGACAAGAGCCAGAUACGAAAAAUUGCACCCAAAAUCCUGCAGCUGUUGACCGAGUGGACAGAGACAUUUCCAUAUGAUUUUCGAGAUGAAAGAAUGAUGAGGAACUUGAAGGAGCUGGCACAACGAAUAGCCAGUGGUGAUGAGAUGUACCGGAAGAAUGUUCAGCAAAUCAUCCAGAGCCUGAUCCGAAAACUUGCCUCUCUUAGCCAAUACGAGGAAGUAAUUGCAAAAAUCAAUGCAACAUCCACAGAUCGACUGACAGUCUUGAAGACCAAACCUCAGUCCAUACAGAGGGACAUAAUCACUGUCUGCAAUGAUCCUUACAUGUUAGCCCAGCAGCUGACUCACAUAGAGCUGGAAAGGCUCAAUUACAUUGGACCGGAAGAAUUUGUCCAGGCGUUUGUGCAAAAGGAUCCUUUGGACAAUGACAAGAGCUGUUACACUGAUCGAAAGAAGACCCAUAACCUGGAAGCCUAUGUAGAAUGGUUUAACAGACUCAGCUACUUAGUUGCUACAGAAAUCUGCAUGCCCGUAAAGAAGAAGCACAGAGCAAGAAUGAUAGAAUAUUUCAUUGAUGUGGCCAGGGAGUGUUUUAACAUCGGCAACUUUAACUCCUUAAUGGCGAUUAUUUCUGGGAUGAACAUGAGUCCGGUUUCCCGGCUAAAGAAGACCUGGGCAAAAGUCAAGACAGCCAAAUUUGACAUUCUUGAGCAUCAGAUGGAUCCUUCUAGCAAUUUUUACAAUUACCGAGUCCUUGACAGCUCAUAGCAGCAGAGGUCCUUGACAGCUCAUAGCAGCAGAGAGAAGAUCGUGAUACCUUUCUUCAGUCUCUUAAUCAAAGACAUUUACUUUCUCAACGAGGGCUGUGCCAAUCGCCUCCCAAAUGGCCAUGUCAAUUUUGAAAAAUUUUGGGAGUUAGCGAAACAAGUGAGUGAGUUUAUGACGUGGAAGCAAGUGGAGUGCCCGUUUGAGAGGGACCGAAAGAUUCUGCAACACUUGCUCACUGUCCCAGUGUUCAGUGAAGAUGCACUUUACUUGGCUUCCUAUGAAAGUGAAGGUCCUGAGAAUCACAUUGAAAAGGACAGAUGGAAGGCUCUAAGGUCAACACUUUUAGGCAGGGUGUAACAUGUGAGAUGCCUGCUGCUCCUGCCGCUGCUGUGUGAUGUGCACUAGGAAGGGCCCCAGUUUGGUUUAUUUUAUGUGUGUACCGAAUGGUUUGGAUGUGAUGAGAACUGUGCAGCCAAUUGAGACAUCACGUCAGUCCACAUAAAACAAGAACAGGCCACGUCUGAGAUCUGACAGAUCAAGUUAAAUCACAACUCACUUGGCUAUUGAUUGAGGACAGGAAUGACAGAACCCUUUGAAGAUCUCCAAUUCCUUGUAUGAAUCAUUUCAGAACAUCUGGAUGGAAUUUCUCUUUGUUUUGCUGGAGCUUGCUGCUACUAAGACUUUCCUGGUUUGGUACUGGAUUUUAGGGCUUUCCGUUCCUCCAGCUGCAUCCCAAAUCUGAUUUGGAAGAACUUCCACUGAAUAUAGCCAGCAGCUCAGCUUGAGUCAGCAUUGCCGAGAAGGGAUAGGACUGGAUUAAAAAAACCGUGGCUGCUGUGGGGACUCCCCUUUCCCAUUUUAAUGAUACUUAUUUUUUGUUUGUUUUUCCAUAAUGUUUUUGAGUUGGCUGCUGGUUGGCAAACUCAUUGUCAUUGUAAGUUAUAUUUAAAAGAAGUAAUAAUAAAAUCAGUGCUGUGGUAGGAAAUUCAGGCACUAGAAAAAUACAGUAACUAUGUAGCUGAGACUAUCUUACAUCUUCUAGUAAGGUGUUUUGUUUUUUUUCUUGCAGCUAUUUAUCACCUGUUUUCUAGACAUUCAUAUAUUUUUACUGUAGCCUUUUGUUACUCUAAAUGUCCAUACUUAACUACUACUUUAUUAAGUUGAGCAAUCUGGCUGCUUUUGUUUUCUUGAAUUCUUCUUGUGACAGCUCUGCACAAGCUGCAUUACAAAUAAUAUGAAAAUCUGUGUUAAGUAAUUUUUACAAUUGCUUUUUUGGGGGGGUAACAACUGGAGUGUGUAAUCCAGUUUGACUGAAAUUGUAAGAUUCUGCGAACAAAAAAAGAUCUCUCCAACUAUAACUGUGAACAAAAAAAAAAAUCUCCUUUUGUGUUUGCUUCCUGGAUUAUCAUUGUUAUGACUGUGAAAUAGCUCACUUUGUUACACAUCUAAUAUCUCUGUUGUAACUCCAAAUACUUAGCCACUGUAUUUAUCCUAGGAAAAAUCCUGGGGAAUAAAGAGAAACUGUAGAAUUUAGUCUGCCCUAGAUGGGAAGUCACAUGCUAAACAAAGGGACAUGUUUGUAAACACCAUGCCACUAUUUAAAAAAAGAAACCAAUAAAACCAUGUAUUUAUGUUGUG